GGCUAGUGUCCGGAGACAAAGAUGGCGGCGCCCGUGGAGGUAGCGGUGUGUACGGAUUCGGCGGGCCAGCUAUGGAACUGCGCGGUGUGGGAGCUGCACUCGGGCACCAGCCUCCACACGUACCGCGGCGGGCAGACCGGGCCCCGCAGCCUCGCGUUGCUCAACGGCGAGCACCUGCUAGCGGGACAGCUCGGCAAGAACUACAUCUGCGCCUGGGAGCUGCAGCGAAAGGAUCAGCUUCAACAGAAGAUCGUAUGCCCCGGACUGGUGACGUGUCUGACUGCGUCUCCUAAUGGCCUCUACGUCCUGGCUGGCAUUGCAGAGAGCAUAUACUUAUGGGAGGUUUCCACAGGGAACCUCCUGGCCAUCCUGAACCGCCACUACCAAGACCUCUCCUGCCUGGCGUUCACGGACGACAGCAGUCACUUCCUCUCAGGUGGCAAAGACUGCCUGGUCUUGGUGUGGAGCCUCCACAGUGUGUUGCAGGUAGAACAGUCCAAAAUGCCUGAUCCCCGCCAUGUGUGGUCUCAACAUACACUUCCCAUCACAGACCUGCACUGUGGUUUUGGGGGGCCCUUGGCCCGAGUUGUCACUGCCUCCUUGGACCAGACGGUGAAGCUGUGGGAGAUCUCUUCCGGGGAACUGCUUCUCUCGGUUCUCUUUGACAUGGCCAUCCUGUCUGUGACUAUGGACUUGGCUGAAUACCAUCUGUUCUGCGGGGGCAGCGACGGAUCUGUGUUCCAGGUUGACCUUUUCUCUUGGCCUGGGCAGAGAGAGAAGACCUUCCGCACUGAACAGGAGAAUGGAAAGUUAUUCAAAGGACACCGGAACCAGGUAACAUGUCUCUCGGUGUCAGCAGACGGCAGCCUGUUGCUGUCAGGCUCCCAUGAUGAAACAGUGAGGCUGUGGGAUAUCCAGAGCAAGCAGUGCAUUCGGACCGUGAGCCACAAAGGUCCUGUCACCAAUGCCUUCAUCGUGUUAGCCCCUGCCAGCAUGUUCAACCCAGACUGCAAGCCCACCAUGCCCCUGCCCAAGUUCAGCAAGAACCUUCUGGGAACGGAGAGCAGUGAAGGAUCGGGGAAUGAGGCAGUGAUGCUGCGCCUGGGCAUGCACCGGCAGGGAUCUGAGAAGAGCUAUUUGGAGAGAGCCGAGACGCUGCAUUCUGUGAUGUGUACUACAUUGGAUAAGAACUCGCUGGGAGACCAGGAGCAGCUGAAAAUCCGUGUGACCGAACUGGAGGAAGAGGUGAAUGCCUUGCGGAAAAUCAACAAGGACCUCUUUGACUUCUCCAGCCACAUCAUCACCAAGCCACCCAAAUGAUUCCCAGCUCCCCCCGCCUGGCCCGCUGCCCAGAAGCCAGCGGCCACACGGCCCCUGGACCUGCAUGGAGCCGGUACCCACAGCCUGAGGGCCUCCUGACUGCCACAAGGGCUCGGGGCAGGGCAUUUGCUUGUGGCCACAUCCUGUGGUUUGGGACCAGAUUCUGAAUGCAUGGCCUUCGUGUGACAGCCUGGGCUGUGGGCAGGUGGGCAUGCAGCAGCCAACGCACUUGUGGUGAGAGUCUGCCCCAGUGCUGACUCUACAGAAUGCCCGGGGUAGAGAGAGGGGCCGGGCGUCCUGUCACUGCAAGGUCUCCUAGGGCCGCUGGGAACCCAGCUGCAAUGGCACCAACCGACCAAGGGCCUCUUUAUAUUUUUAGUCCAUGAGAUCCUGGAUUUUGAUAAAAGGGCUUUUUUUGGGCCUUCAUUUUCUCUCUUCCCUUCUCUCAGGUGAAGGCCCUAGCUCCCUUCAUUCACUCCCCCAGUCAGUAUACUUGUUACCCUGUAGCCCAAGGGGAGCAUUCCUCAUGAAAUAACUGCCAACCUUCCCCCUCCCUUCUUCCCCAUCUUUAAUAUUGGGGCAAAGCAAUAGUCAGCUGGGAGGCUCAGGCUCACCUCCUCAGUGGGACCGAGUGGGAAGGUCCGUGUCGGGCCUUGGGGAGCCCUACUUGGUCUCCAUGUAGGUCGUCUGGGUCCCUGCCAGACCUGUUUUGUUUUUGUUUUUCCCUGGAGACUUGGUGUUCUUUGUCUCAGGAAACAUCUUUCUAUAUAUAUAUAUAUAUAGAUAGAUAGAUAUAGAUGUAAGUCUGUAUCUACCUAUCUAGCUAUGUAUAUAUAGUUGGGGUUUUUUUAUUGGUUAUUUUUUAAAACAAAAAAAAGUCAAAAACCUGCGUGGAUAUUUUAUUCUUCCUAGCUUUGAUAUGUGGGCUUUUUCCCCAUUCCUUUGCUAAAUCUUCCCAAUUGAUCUGAGCAAGCACAUGACCCUCUGGUGAGCUGCUUUCCUCUCAGCCUAGCUCUUACCUAAGGCAGUUUCUAAACACCUCGUUUAUAAACCACCCAUAAUCCUUGGCAAAUCUGGCCUGGUUCACAUGAAUUUAAUUCUGUAGGUCUGCUAAAAAAAAAAAACCUAUAGACUUAAGAAACUGAUGAUCCCUCUUUUCCUUCUGCUUUCCCUCAUCCUGUCACCCCCUGGCUCCAGCUCAUUACAGAGCAUUCUUCUGUUGGAGCUGGAGAGGGUCAAGCAUUCAAAUUGUUUUAAUGGCUUAAAGUCAUUUUCACCACCUCCUCAUCCUUACAGGAUGGCCCAGUGAGGCAAAGAGGAUGAGAUAGGAUUUAGGUUGGCAAACCCAGAUCAAGUGGACUGACUCCUUGAUAUCUUCUCCUAGCAGAGAGAGGAGGGUUAAACAGCCUGCUAGCCAUCCCACAAGAUAGGGACAUGCUGGAAGACGGGAGAGGAUUUGAGACCAUGUCUCAGGAGGCUUGGUUUGACAGGAAGAGGAAUAGGAUAGGCCUGCCAUGUAGAGGAGGGAAGGGAAGUGGGCUAUGCCGAGAGGCAGUGUCGGCCCCUUCUCUGGUGCUCACCAGGUGGAGGUGGGUGAGUGGCACAGAGGGCAUUUGUGCCCCUUGUUACUGGAGGGUUAUGUGGCUUCUUCUAGGGGCGCUACGUGAGCCAUCCAUCAGCCAGACCCCAUAGGAUUGCCAGGAUGACCAAUGAAUGAAUGGCCCCGUGAAGGUGUUUUGCUUUUUUUAGCCACAGCAACUCGCAGGUUUUGCCUGCUAAGACCUGGAAAUCUCAGGAAUAGCCUCUCCAAAGUAUUUAACAAUAGCUGGCAUCUCCUGUAGUACUUUUAGGGUUUUUUAUUGUUUCAUCGUUUUUAGUCAUGUCGAACUCUUUGUGAUUUGUCCUUAGGACUUUAUUGGCAAGGGCACUGAACUGAUCUGCCAUUUCCUUCUGAGGCAAACAGGGUAAAGUGACGGGCCCGGGUCACACAGCCAGAUUGGAACCUGGGUCUUGGCUCCAAGCCCAUACCUACUGUGCUAUCUUAACUGCCCAACUUGAAUGCUUUACAAAGCUCUAAAGGUGCCAUCUCUUUUAUCUCAAGAGUCCUCUGAGGUAGAUUGUUUUUAUCCCAUUUUACAGUUGAGAAAACAGGUAAUUGGAUUGCCCAGAGUCACACAGCUAAUAUGUGUGGAAACAGGAUUUGAAUUCAGGUCUUUCUGAUUUCCAAAUCCAGCACUAUUUAUUACGGGAACCAGCUGGUCGAGUGGACAGAGGAUUGGCUCUGGAAUGAAUCUGAGUGUAUUUUAAAUCCUUUCUCUGAAAUUUAGGAUCUUUGAGCCUGAGCAGAUCCCUUAAUCAUCUAAGAUUUGGUUUCUUUCUGUGUGAACUAAGGAAUCUGGACCAAAUGGCCUCUGAGGUCCCUCCCAGUUCUAUGCCAAGUGAUCAAAUGAGAUAAUGUUUACAGGCACUUGGCACAGUGCCCGCCACAUAGGAGUUACUCAAUAAAGAUGGUUUUUCCUCCUAAAUCUUUACAAAUGAAUGUGAAAAUGGGUCUCAUCAGCCAUAUGUUCCCAAAGAAACUUCCUGCGGCAGAAUUUCAAGCCCUCUUCCCACCCAAUCCUGCUCAUCUGGAGAGGUUUUGGCUGGUCAAUGUCUCCUAAAAUGUGAUCCGGGGCCAUGUAUGGAUGUAUCAUCCCCAGAUAAUGGCCUCGGCGCAGGCACAUGGGCAGUGAGGGAAAGGGAUCCUUGGGAGCAGGAGGCAGGCUGACUGCCCAUGGGGUCAUGGGGGAAGAGGUGGAGCAGACUGGCCCUAGCUCCCAUAGGAGCUCAGUCCAACUAAGACAACCUAUAAUUCAAUGAGAAUCCUUCUACCUUUGGAAGAUUCCAGUAGAGGGAGCCCAAUGCUGCUUGAAUCUCUGUUAGGUAAUUACUCCUUUUAUCAAACCUAAAUUUGCUCCUUUCCCCUUUGUUCAAGCAGAAUACAUUUUAAUUCCCCUCCCACAUGAUCACCUUUAAAGACAGCUAUCCUUGAGUCUUCUCCAGCCUAAAUAGGAAAUUCUAAUUCAGUUCAUACACAUGUCUGAACUUCAGGCCCUUCACUGUCUUGGAUGUUCCCCACCUUAAUACCCUUCCUUAGCUGGGAUGUUACAGGUUUUUGCACCCUGAGACAAAGCUCUGAUUACUCUGUCUAGUUACUGCUCUCCAGUCUUCAACAUAAUCCAAGGUCAUGUUAGCUUUUUGACUGCCUUCUUACACUGACUCAUUGCCAUGCCAACCUUAUUUAACUCUUGUGAAGGUGAAUUUUGGAACCCAAUUUGGAGUAUUUAUUAAAUUUCAUAUAUAGCACAAUAUUUAGACCAGUGUUCUUGCCUGCCAAGAUCUUUAAUCGUGAAUGUCAGCUACCCCCUUUGACUUACCAUGUAUGCAGGGUUGGACAUGGGUACCUUCUAUGACUUCCCAAGGCGUUAUGAAUGUUAAAUAGCACCAAUGCUUGGGGCACCCUACUAGAAAUCUUCUGAGGUGACACCGAGUCAUUAAGUGAGUACCUUAUUAGAAUCAAUCCAAAUCCCAUGAACUAAAUACCUAACUUGCACCUGCUUUUUCUCCAGAAUUGUAUGAGAUUUUGUUACCGAAAUCCUGGUGAUCUAUUGUCUACUACUGCACUCCCCUGAUCAAGCCUAGUAAUCCUGUCCAAAAAAGAAAUUAGAUUAGUCUGACAUGACCGGCUUGACAGAAUCAUGCUGGAUUUUUCCUUUUUCUACUUUUUACUAUUUCACAUAAGAUUUUUACCAGGAAUUAAAGUCAAGCUCACUGAUCCAUGUUUUUCAGGCUCCAUUCUCUUACCUCUUAAAAAUCGGGGCAAAAUUGGUUCCUUUGUUCAUGGGGUUUUCUUGGCAAAGAAUACUUGUUUUCCUUUUCCAACGUGUCCCCCAUUUUA